AUGAAAGUUACAAGACUUCAACUUGGCGUUUACAAUGGUCAAGGCAACCAGCAACCAUUUUGCCUAUAUCUCUUUCCCUUGGUCGCCUCCCUACAGAACGAGCAAGACACGAAUCCAAAAACCAUGAUACAUUCUCCGUUCUAUCGACUAAGAGAUAUUGACACAAUAUUUUUUGAGUCAAACACGGAAUUUAUGUUCAAGACGGGAAAAAUUCCUCAAAUUUACUUUGAAACGCCCGGGUAUUGUUUCUAUGAACGUUCUGGAGAUAUCUUUUUAUCAGCUCGUGCUGUAGGUGAAACUGCAACCCGGUUAGGAAACCACCUGCUCGCAGAAUUCUGCAAGUACGGGAAAGAGGAUAUAAUAUCAGGAAUGGCUGAUCGAUUGUUAAGUGACAUCACGAUAUUGUCUCGCAUGGCUCCUGCUGAGGCAGAAUUUGAAUUUUUCUCUGUCGAUUCGCCGUGUCCUCCAACUACCUCUGAUCACGGUUCACGUGUUGGUUCGCAAAAUAACUCGAGUUCACCUAUGCAGACCUCACAUUUAAGCCCACCUCCGGUCAAUGGGAAGAAGCGUAUGUCCUUUGAAGAAAUACUUCAUUCCAACGACAUUUCCGAUGACGGACGGUGUUCUCCAAGAGUUAACGAACGCAUUGUUUCGCCUACUGGAUCGGAUAAGGGAGUCGCAACGGUCAAACAAGAACAAUCCCCCGUCUAUUCCGGAGGAAAUCGUUCCCCUAGAUCGCCUCACUCACCACCUUCGGAUUUACAAAAUGAUUUGGUUACGAAUGACGAUACCAGAUCACGUAAGAAAAGAAGAGUGGCGGUGUCACCAAUUGGGUCAAACAAAAUAAAAGCAACCAGUAAUCCAGAAGUCAUGGAACAAGUUAGAAGCACGCUUAAAAGACAUUCCGUCGCUGGUUAUAAUAAUGUUGGUUCAUCGCAAUGUGCAUGGAAUUCGAACAAGCGAAAUUCUAUAUCUCGUGCGAAUCGCAACUCCAGAAACCUUAGCGUGUAUGCUCCACCAUACAACGACGUUCAUUCUAGAUCCUAUAAUCCUGGUUCUGGUCUCUCUAAUCACAGCCCCUUGCCAAUGACUGCCCCCGUUGCUAGAUCGACUUCGAAUAAACAUAGUAUUGCCGGAUAUCCUCUCUCCGCAAACUCUGCCUUCAAGCCCGCGACUAAAAUGCAUCCUGCUUCCACCAGUGCUAGUAUUAACGGUCUUAUUUCGCCUCACAAUGUUGAAGAUACUCACUUAGUCCGCAGUCCAAUGACGAGUCCUCAAGUUAAUGUUCAGUUUAGUUCAUCUAACAGCGCUAGUCCGAUGUUACCUACCAAUGAACAACCGACGAAGGAAUCGUUCAUUCAUCUCUUUGAUAAUCUUUACGACACUGUGGCCGAUACUCGUUCUCUAAAAUCCACCCUCGAAGAACAGAUCCGUAAGACAACCACUCUGCUCCAGGCACUUCAAGCUUCGGGGACAAUGAUUGAAAGUUUGGUCCGUGGUCAUUUUCGCGAAAUGCAAACAGAGGUUGUUAAAGAUUUGGUAAGAUUAGAAAAUAGAAUAGCCAAGGUUGAGGAACGUAUGCGUCAUAACGUGAACGUGGUUGGAAUGAGUCCCAGUCCUCCCAUCGAGGCAGACAGAAGAUUAAGCGACAUCAGUACCGCGAGCAGUGAUAUGGGUUAUGGUCAUCCGUCAUCCAACCAAAAUGAAAAUAACGAGAGUUCAUCGCGAUAUUUGCUCGUGGAACAGCACACGCAUUCCAGCCCCCCAUUAUCGGCUGCUUCCUUGCAAGGCGAGGAGACACAGCAACAGGAUUAUCAAGAAGCACUGAGUGCUAUAAAAGCUAGGUUAGAGUCUUUGGAAAGACGAAUGUCC